CAUCACUUUUACGGUUCAUUGAUGCUGCACUUUCUCAUAGCUGUUCACUUCCCUUCAGCAUACAGCUGCAGAAAACACAAAUACACACGGACAGACAGAGAGAGAGAGAGAGAGAGCAAACGAGAAACCCCUCGCUCUCAGUUUUCAUCCUCAUUUAAGGAGCUAGCAGCAGUGAAAGAGAGGAAAAGACGAAGAAUUACAGCCACACUCAUUUAUACAGCUUCUGUCAUCAUCACUGCUGCUUCUCAACACAGAGUGAAAUGUAGAACAGUGUUGCUUUAAUAGUUUCACUCCCACCACAGCGGAGCUGCAUUGCAGAUGCAUGUGAGAUGCGCUCGUGAAGAGAAAUCUGAACCAUGGCAAAGUCCUUAAUAAUCUUUGAUGCAAGUCCUGUGAGGAUGUUUAUCAUGUCCUACAUUCCCUUUGAAUGAAAGGCAGCAGUCUGGGGAGUUGAAGUGUUUCCAUGACAUUACAGCAGUCACUGCCUCCUGUAAGACCGUGUGCAGAGAAUGAGGACGGAUAUUUGAAAACUCACAGCGAUGGCUGAGGUGGAGCUGCUCUCCACACCCCAUGAUAUUGAGAUCAGCGAUGUGACCUGCGACUCGUUCCGGAUCAGCUGGGAAAUGGCCCACGAGGACGCGUCCCGAGUGACGCAUUACUUCAUCGACUUGAGCCGUAAACAGGGCAGCGAGGACAACCGCUUCAAGCACAGAGAUGUCCCCACCAAGCUAGUGACAAAAGCAGGACCUCUGCCAAUGGCUGUGAGAGGCCACUGGUUCCUGAGCCCUCGAACGGAGUACUGUGUGGCUGUUCAGACCGCCAUCAGACAGCCAGACGGAGACUAUCAGGUGUCUGAAUGGAGCCAAGUAGUGGAGUUCUGCACUGGAGAUUAUGCCAUGGAGCAUCUCCAGCAGCUGUUAGAUAAAGCUCAGGCUGCUGCUGGGAGGCUGCUCAGGUUCUCCGUCUUCUACCGCAAUCAGAGUCCUGAAUACUUCCAUUAUGUCAGGUCAGAGUGUGGAGGUGCAAUGCUCCCAUCUUUGAAAGACAACAGUGGAAGUCACGGCUCCCCCAUCAAUGGAAAGCUCCGCGGCGUCUUCCUCAGCUGCAACACAGAGUUCGACACAGGCCUCCCUCCCAAAGACUCCCCAUACGGCCCUCUGCGCUUCCAAAUUUCCGCCGAUCGUCUCCUCACCACGAGUACAAACCUCUACUUUGCUGACUUCUACUGCAUGUACACAGCGUACCAUUAUGUAGUGCUGGUGCUGGCCCCUGCUGGAUCGGAGGGAGAUAGCUUUUGCAACAGCCGCCUUCCACGACUGGACCUGUCAAGCAAUCCCUUCCUGACGUACACACCUGGAGACGUACCGGUCUUCUGUCACGGCAGUGACGUCAUUCUGGAGGUGUUGUACACAGAGCCCUUGCUUCUGGAGCACGGCAUACUCGCUCAGAUCAGCGGCCGUCACCAGCUCAUGAGCCUGUCCACUGCAAACGCCAAAAAAGACCCGAGCUGUAAGGUGUGCAAUAUCAGUGUGGGCCGCUGAGCUGGGAAUGGCAGCUCUCACUGGAAGUGCAACCGGAAACCGGACCGUGAGAACCUCACUGGUCUGGAAAUGGACCCAAAUUUCAAAUGAGAAUCUGAAUAAAUAUUCACACUUAUGAAAAGAGGUAUUUGGAAUUUGAAAAUACGCCAAAGGCAUUGCACAAAAGAGGCAAGAAUAAAUCAAAAUGAACGAGGUCAUGAUAGUCUGGCCACUUGUUAUGAAACCAAGCCAUAUGAUCUGUGAGGCAACUAUUCAGAUCUUAAAGGGACAGUUCACCCAAAAAUGCUUCAUCAUUUCACUCACUGUCUUUUAAAACCUGUAUUUUAAAGCACCGUAAAAGUAGUCCAUGAGACUAGUGUUAUAAUUUGAAUUAUGUAAUUAAUUCUAUUUAUUUUUUUAUUAAGUCGUUUGUGUGUGUUUUAUUGAGUUGUUGAGUGUGUAUAUGCAUAAAUGUCACAUUAACUGUACAGAAUGCUUUAACAUAGAAUAAAACGCUUCUGAGAGUUUUUGCAUGUUA